UCCCCAGCAAUGGACGACUUAAACAGGACAGGACAAAUAAUGUCUGUUCAGAAAAUCUCCGAGUCAUUGUAUGUGGGAUUGUGUCUCAAGAUAGGGACCCCACAACAGGUGGCCUCCAGGAGAGAUAUACAAGACAUUGAAGAUAUGUUAACAAACAACGGAGUUAUAAAUAAGCAGAUGACAACGAUGCUGAGUGGGAGUCGUAGAGAAGGGUUCAGACUGAGUGGAUCAGACAUGGACUUCAUGCUUUGGCCAAAUAACCACCGAGUGAUCUGGGACUUCUCUCAGUGUCAGUUUUACAACACACAAGAACAUGCACUGAUUCUCUGUGACAGUUCUGAGAGUCCACCAGGAUUCACUUUACUAUGGUUACCAUUAGACAGAACUAGUCAUAGAGUGAUGUCAGCGUGUGUAAGGAUGAAUGGAAUGCUCUAUAUAUCAAGUUCAAAGUACAGAGAGAUAAAGUGUUCUCUAGGUAUAGCUGGUUCUACACCACAUGGACCGUGUAGCAGUGGAACAUUAAAUGGUGUACUUGAAUACGAUCAUGCCCAUUGCUUUGUGAGUGACUUCUGGCCUCCGUCUGCCUCCCCAUGGAAAGACAGAUGCCACUCAUGGCCACUACCUCAUGUUGUCAACGACAUCAUACGAAAUGGAUGUCACGUAGUAGCAAUAGGACACAAAUUAGGAAAUCAUACAGACAACGAAUGGAGAAUUUCUUUCUCUCAGGCAGAAUACAAACUUGUGUGUUCAAUGAAUCACACACAAUUCCUGACGUAUGGAUUACUAAAAUUGUUCUUAAAGGAAAUAAUUGAUAAGGGAUUAAAAAAUGAAGAGAAACUACUGUGUUCGUAUCAUAUGAAAACGGCCGUUUUUUGGGCAAUUCAGCAAAAUACACUUUCUCACUGGUGUCCACAAAAUCUUCUGACCGGUUUCUGGGUCUGCUUUAAGCUUCUUCUUAAAUGGGUUUACGAGGGAGUGUGUACUAAUUUUUUCAUUCCAGAAAACAACAUGUUUCUCAGCAAAAUCUAUGGUGAAGCACAAAAAACAUUAUUUGCGCGAAUGUAUAGGUUGUAUGAGAAGGGCAUACCAUUGCUGUUACACAGUCCCUCCAUCGCGUCUUACAUCAUUAAUGUUCUGUGUAAUCCCAGACUCACUAUUUGUACCGAUGAACACACUCUGAUCUCUGAGGUUAAAGUUGAUGAAGAAAUUUUCAGAGAGAUGAUUAACAAUGAUUCAAUAUGCACAUCGAACUUAAAUGAAUGUGAAAAAUAUCUACAUACGGUAGAACAAUUCAUAGGUUUACCUCUGACACAGUAUCAAGUUGUCGUGUUACAGAAAUUUACAGCUAACAUCCUUCAGCUUACCGCAUUUUUUUUAGACAACAUGUACACUAGCGCAGGGUUCAACAAACAGUUGUUUAUUACAAACAAAAUAUCCUGUCACGCGCUGAAAUUUGCUGCUAAGUUUGGAUUUGUUUCUGACAUGUUAUACAUUGCAAUGUAUUAUAACAAAACAUUCCGUUACAGUAAGGCUUUAUCUGUUAUAGAUAAAACAAAGGUCAAGUUUGCACUGCCAUGUCUGAUGUAUGAGAGGCAUGUAGACCGAGAGAGGUAUAACGAGGCUGUAGGGGAACAGUCCUUGUCUACAAAGAUGAGACAGGCUGUAUCAAUGAAUAUCAAACUUGACAAUGAUAUCUUUUAUAUCAAUGAAUUAAUGCCCGAACAACAGUAUAGUAAACAAAACAUUCAGCCUUUCUUGUGUAUCCCACCCCUUGUACUGUUGUAUAUGCUAGAGUUAUUGUGCUCUAGACAUGUCGACACACUGAGAGCACAGAGAGCUUUAGAUGAUCUACAAGUCCUAGUCCACCAUGAUCAGGGUGAGUUAGUGCCUGUACACCUCAGAGCCAUUGUUAUUAUAUACAUGUAUUCUAUUUAUUUAUUUGAUGUGUUUAAGUUGUCUAUAUAA